AUGUCGGAACGGCCGUCCCGUCCGUCCAGCUCACACCAGGAGCCCCCAAGGAAAAGUGAGCAGUUUAAAGACCCUGGGGCUCAAGAGUCUGUGGCUUCAAACAGCGAUGAUGAACAUUUCUCAGAUGCCAGCGAAGGCCAACUCCAUACUCAUUCACACACGCCGUCCGGUCGCAUAUCCCCUGUCCCAUUGACUCGCGUCGAGACGGUCGACGACAAUCCAUCACACGGAGAAAUUCCCGGAAUCCCGGCAGACGAAAAGAGGGUGCAAGAUGGUAUUCCAGAUGAGGCCGAGGUGAUCCCAGAAGGGCCACGCAGAAGAAGCUCUUCCACUGCGGGGUAUCUGCCUCGUCCUUCUGCUGUGGGUUCACUCGUGCACCAGACAGUCGUUGAGAAGGUCGAUCUAGAUCUGUCAAGGCAUGGGGAUAUACCUGGCACACUGGCCUACGAACAGCCGAAAGCUGAUGCGGUGCCUGAUGUCGUGAUGAAAGCGUCGGACUCGGAUGGCCGACUAUCGCACAGCCCAAUUUCAAAUCAGCAGACGCCAGCUGAGGCCAAGGCGAGUGACAUGAGCGUUCCCGAAACAGUACUGUCGAAGGUUGACUCUCUUCCGGUGGGUGAGACAAGCUCAGAUCUGCAUGCUCACCAGAGGCGGCCUAGCGAUACUUCGGACGUAACAAAGAUUGUCCCAGACACUCUUGGCCCGCUAUCGUCGUCAGAAUCUAAGAAUGACGAACAGAGUGACAAUAAUCCGAAACAUUCCGUGAUGGGAAACGAUGAUCAAACAACCGAGGACCAAGCGCCCGCGGACGACUUCGCCGAUUUUGCAGAAGAACAAAACAUGGGCGAAGAUGAUUUUGGAGAUUUUGAUGAUGGGUUCCAAGAGCCCAGCGCAGAGGUCACUGAGGAUGAAUUCAUUGAGCCAAACGAUAUGAGACCCUCGCAACCUCCUACGCCUCCUUCAGUUCCUCCCCUUAUAGAUUUCAAUUCCUUUCAGUCCCUCCCCGACCUCUACGCUGCACUAGACGAGCCUCUUGACCGUCUGUUCCCCACUUGGAAAGAUAUAUCAUCCCAGUCUGUAGAACCGAUCCAAAACUCCUCCGCGAUUUUUAACACCGAGCGUUCUCUAUCAUUAUGGUCACAACUAGUUGCACCACCACCACUACAACCUCAUAACUGGGUCAAGUCUCGAAUCCGCCGACUCUUCCUCGUUUCGCUCGGAGUCCCCGUCGACCUCGAUGAGAUCCUGCCGGCAUCCAAACAAAAGAAACUUGUCCUCCCGUCUAUCAACAUCGGUUCAGACGCCGGUGGAUCGACUACUCACUCACGCUCGCAGAGUCAGAAUCGAAAAGAUGGUACACUGAGCGGCUCCGGUAGCCCACGUACCUCCGGUCAAGGAAGCCGACAGAGGACAUCACGGCGGCGCGAGCCAAACCCUCCACCAGAACUGGACCUGCCAGCAGUCCACCGACUGUGUACUACCACUGAUGCUGCCCUGGAGGGACUCACAGAUGACGAAUUACAAGGACACGUUAAAGAGCUCCAGGAUGUGACACUACGAGCGAGCUCCGUUCUGGAAUACUGGCUCAAACGACUCGACGGUCUAGUCAGUGAAAAGGAGGCGUUUGAAGGGGUAAUUGAGAAUUUAGUCAAUCAUGCCCGUCGUGUGAGAAAAUAA